AUGCCCUUUAGCCCCGCGACCGACCUCGCCGGCACGAGAGAGCCGUACCACCGACCGGCGAUCGCCGUCGCCACGCGGCAGGCCCUCCUGAACGAGCUGGGACGCACCAGUGAUGUUCUCCUGCUCACACCCCAGGCGCUCGGCCAGAUCAUCUCCGCCGACUCGGUGUUCAAGCAGCUGUCCGCGCCGGCAGCGAGCACGCCGGCGCACGCCGAGGCCGUGAUCCGCGCGUACGUGAGCAGCAAGCGCAAGCGCGGGCGCACGCGCGCACACAUUAGCAACAAGCUCGAGUACAUCGAGUGGAGGACACCGCAGUUCGGGCCCCAGUUCCUCGCCAUACGCGACGAGUUCAGCCUCGGCGCCAGCCGCGCCCUGCUCAUCCGGAACCUGCCCCCGGGCGCGCGGCACAUCCCAGCGCUGCGCGACCGUGCGUGUCCCGCAAUGGUGGGCCUGGACCGCGCAGCAGCCGGCACCGUGGCGCCCGUAGCGGCCGCCCCGCCGCCCCCGUACACCCCGCGGCGGGGGAGCGGGAGCGCGAGCUCGGCCACAAGCGACGCGAGCGAGGAGAGCACGGGCGCGAGCGACGAGGGCGCCGAGCCCGAGCCCGAGUCCCCGCCCGACUCGCCGACCGACGAGCUCGUCGCUGCGCUGCGCCCGCCGCUGGCGCCCCGCACCACGUCGGAAAUUGCGCGUGCCGCCGUCGCUGCCGCGCGCGCCGAGCUCAACGACCGCGUGCAGCUGCUCGAGGCUGCGCGUCUCGAGGCCGAGGAGAACGCGCGCCGCGCCGCCGAGGAGAGGGACGCGCUCGCGCGCCGCGUGCGCGAGAUGGAGGAGGCGAUGGCUGCCGCGUUUGGUGCGCGGUAG